GAUGCGCGUUUCACAUCGUCUUGACAACUGCGAGGUUGCACAUUUAUGUUUCGUUUCGUCUGCAGCUGAAAAUACUUUUCUGUCGGGUUAAGUACGUUUUGUGGUAAUCUCCUGCGCAGAGACUGCCUGCCAAUUGGCUGCGAACGUUUUCAGUACAGAUUAAGUUUGUGUACUAAAGUAACUUGACAAUGAACACGCCGUUAUGUGGAGGCGUUAUGUUUUCCAACCCUCCCCUUCUUCCUUUAUUGAUGCAAAAUAAGUUAAUUUUGUCUGAAGAAGUUGGCAGAAAGAGGUGGUGAUGUGCGUGGAACACAAUAAUUAAAUAUGGUACUUUUCUGACAAUGGCAGAUGAGCUGGAAAGGUUCCUUGAAGAACAGAAGGCUAAGUUAGCACAAGAUAAAAUCAGAUUAGACCAAGAUCCACCGUACAUGGAGAUGAGAACAAAUUCUUCAGAGCCAUCCAGCAAGACCGAUCAAACUGUAGACUCCAUAGCUAAAGGAAAUGUCCUUGCAGGUAUUCAUUCUGUGAAAGAAAAUCAACAAAAUGGCAGAUCUGAAGAAGAAAACUAUGGGUUAAGCCUGCCACUUGGGUUAGAAUAUGAUUUGAAGAAACAGAAAUUGAAGGAGGAACUUCGACAAGAUUACAGACGCUAUAUGGCAGAGAAAAAUUCUAGGACCACAAAAGAUCAAGUGUUAAAAGUUGAGAGGCUUUCACUUCCUAUCUCCGAUAGAAAAUCAGCGAAGGACAGACUGAGAACGGAAAGAAACAAGGAGUACAAUCAGUUUCUUAGGGAGCAAGACAAAUAUGAACGUUUAAAAAGAAAUGACAGGUGGCUACCGAAGUAUUAUAAGGAGAAUAUUGAUCCUUCAGAUGAUACCAGCUUUCAGAAUACAACUCAAAUAAGAACAGGGGCACUCAAUCCAGCAUCUCAUAGGAAAGAUGCUUAUACUUCAAUGGAAGCUUAUGAGGAAUUGUUGAAUCAAAAGCGACAAGAAGAGGACAGAUAUCGAAAAUCUGAUGAUCCUGAGGUUGGUCAGAGAAGAAAUGUUCAGACGCAAACAGACAGAGGAUCAGAGGCCUAUGAAAACAACUUUGCUAAUUCUGGCAACCACUUUCAGCGAUCGAAAAAUGAAAGCAGUUACUAUAAAGAAAGGAGAGAUCAAAAACCAACAGCAUAUGUUGAAGAUGGUUACAAGGAAGACUACCGGAAGAGACCUGUUUCAGCAGCAGGAAAAUCUAGAUAUUUGAUAAACGACAUACAUAACUCUCAGAAACUACGCUCCAAAUCUGCUUCAGUGAAAGAUGAUGUUGUGUUUGCAACAGGAUUGUUGGUGGGUAACUAUGAACGAGAGAGUGCCCAAAGAAGAAGGAGGGAAAAAUACAGACAGGAACUAUUGGAACAAAUAUCAGAAAAGCAGAAAAACAAGAUACGGGAAAAAGAGCUUGAGCUCAGAGUUGCUGCUUCAGGAGCUGUAGACCCAGAGAAAGAACCAAAUCGAAUAAGGGAGUUUGGUGCAGUGACACUACAACAUGAUACUCACAGGCAUGAUACCUCUAACAAAGAAAGUGAAGUCCCUGUUGCAAAAUAUUCAAAUGAAGAAAGAUCUUCCGUGGAUGAGAGACGGCCUCCAGAACACCCCAGGGUAGCUUUCCAAAAUCCUCCAAUUGAAGACAGGGGUCCUAAUAGUGGUCUAAGCAGUGGAAUAUGGAAUCCAUAUAGGAAUAUAACGGUUCCUAGCAUCACAACGGUUCCACCCCCUCCUCCCCCACCUGUGCUGAUGGAACAUUACCAGACACCUUAUGAUAAUGCUUAUUAUUAUUAUGGUGCUAGAAAUCCUUUGGAUCCAAACUUGGCAUACUACAGCCCAGGAGUUAUAGGAGUACAACCUCUGUCCUUGGUCAACUCUCCCACUGGAUUGACUAACAUCCCAAUGCAAGUUUAUCCACAAGUUUCCUCCUUCGACCAAGUCUUUACAACAAAUGCACAUGAUGCUACUAAUGUCAGAAACAUAGCUGCUGGAUCUCUACCAGAACAAAAAAAAGUUUUAUCAAAAGAAAGUACACAAAGUUACCAGGACUCUCUGAAAAAGCAGAUGCAAGAAAGGGAAGAGAGGAAGAGAAAAGAAAAGGAAGAGAAGGAGAGAUAUGAUGCAAAACUUGAAGAGGAAAUGAGAAUUUACAAUCCAUGGGGAAGAGGAGGUGGUGGUGCACCUCUAAGGGAUGCAGAAGGAAAUCUUCUCACCGAUCUAAAGAAAAUGCAUAAGCAGAAUGAAGAUGCGUACAGGGAUUAUCCUCCUCAAGGAAAUCGGGAUUCUAAAGCUGUGGGUUCUCGUAACCCAAAUUUAACCAGACCAGAUGCUAAUGCAUCUCAAGAGAAAAUCCAAGGAUUUACACUUGCAAAUACAACACAACUUUCCCAUGGAAAUCCUGUCUGUGAACCAGAAUUUGAAAAAAAAGUUAAUGAGCAGCAGAAGUACAAAGAGUACCUACGCUUACAAAUUGAAGAGAAGCGACGCAAGGCAGAGGAAGAACGUGAAAGAUGUAAACUUGAAGAGCAACAAGAAGAGAAACGCCUAGCUGAACAGAGGGCACGAAUUGCAAAAGAGCUUGAAGAAGAGCAAGAAAAGAAACGCCGUAAAGAAGAAGAGCAAAGAAUUAAAAAUGAAGAAAUUGCACGGUUGGCGGAAGAACGUCGUAAAAUAGCAGAAAAAAAACGAAAGGAGGAAGAAGAUAAACAGGAGAUGAUGGUUCGACAGCUACUCAAGAGUGAGCAAUCAACAAGGAUAGAGGAGAAGAGACCUCCUUCUCCACCUAUUCCAACUGUCAAGAAACAGAUCGAUAUUCAGAAAAAUGAUAUGCCUGCUGUUAGUGGCUCUCUGCAGGAAUUAAACUUGGAUCAUCCACAGUCAGGAACCGAGUCACCACCAGUUCCUGCUAGACGAAACCAGCUUCGAGCAUUCGGGGAAGUUCCAAAGUUUGUGGAUGAUACUGAACUUUGAAACAUUGAGGAUUAA